UGGUUCCCGUGAGCUGUAUUUUUUUAUGGCAGCUGAGGAUAGGACUUGUUGGUUCCAGUUAUUUCGUCACCAUAUGGGAAAUGGCGCCUGUUUUGAGUGGCUUUGCAGAGCUUGAUAAGCUCUUAUUAGCCGCUUUGAUCCAUCUGGCAAUGGUUUGCAGCUGUAUCCAGUGUUGUUGGCAGAGUACACAUGUGGGUAUGUGUGUUGGCAGAAGAGUUACGGAACCUUCAGACCACUCUCGGCAUUCGGAGUUCUGAUCCAAUAGCCGCGAUAUCAUUGAAAACUUCCUUUUUUUACCACAAACAUGUACUUGGUCACGAAGUCCCCCAGGUCGACAUCGCCCAGGAGGCGAGCGACAACCUCGCUCUCUGCAGUCAUUCGAUACAAAAUCAAACGCAGCGGGAAGGACAAGCUGUCCAUUUGGCGACUGGAACAGUUUCCCAAUUGAGGGAUAGGUCUGUGAGCGAAAACGAAGGACAGUUCCAUCCAUCAGGUCGACCCCAAACUCGCGGCGGGCCCCGCGCUUUUCCACUCUGGGGUGGAUGUCAGGGCCUCCAGCCGGCAAACAGACACCGUCAAACGGUGUUUGCUUGUCGCAAAUUUCGACCUCCAAACCCGGGAGGAAAGCGGGCUCAUCACAGCAUAAGGCUUUUUGAUGCCCCCUUGAAACGAAGUAUGGUUGUCAAAUUCUGCCAAAGUCACAAAAAGAGGUAGAUAGAAACGAAGCUAAAUGAAAUAUCGAGACCUACAGUAACAGGUAUGUUGCGCUUCGCCGUAUAAGUCCCUCCUAAGCUAGAUGUCCUUACUGCCACAUAAGUUUUGGGCGCAGUUCCCCUUCCCUACCCAAUGGCAGUUAUCAACUUUCCAUCGAUAGGCCCAGUUUGGUAGAUCAGUGCCAAUGGCCACUGUGCCCAUAGUUGUACGUACAGUAUU